GUGGGCAAGGGCACCUACGGCGAGGUCUACAAGGCCCGGCCCGGCCCCGAGCGCCGCUCGGCCCAGGGCGACAUCGUCGCGCUCAAAAAGCUCGUGCAGCGCCACGACGACUGGGGGUUCCCCAUCACGUCGCUCCGCGAGCACCGCAUCCUGUUGCGACUCCGCCACCCGAACCUCGUGCGUCCGGCGUCCCCGCGGUCUUUUCGCGCCGCCGUCUACAUGGUCUUCGAGUACCUCGAGCUCGACCUCGAGAUCCUCAUCCAGAGCCCCAUCGUCAAGUCCAUCGACGAGGCGCGCGUCAAGAGCGUCAUGCAGCAGCUCCUCGAGGGCGUCCACUUCAUGCACAAGAACAACGUCAUGCACCGCGACCUCAAGCCGUCGAACCUCCUCGUGAACCGGCGGGGCGACGUGAAGAUCUGCGACUUUGGGCUCGCGCGGUCCUACAAGCCCGGCCACGCCUACACGGGCACGGUCAUCACGCUCAACUACCGGCCGCCGGAGCUCUGCCUCGGCUGCCGCCACUACGGCCCGCCCGUGGACGUCUGGUCCGUCGGCGCCAUCUUCGCGGAGCUCCUGGGCCGCGAGAUCGCCAUCCCGGGCCGCGGCGAGGACGACUACCUCCAGAACGUCUACGCGGUCUGCGGCACGCCGAGCGAGGCCGACUGGCCCGAGGCGAAGCGCGUCUGCCCCAAGUGG